AUGAAGGUAGAUACCAUUUGUACAUAUAUAUUGGUAUACCUGUUAACCUGUGUCCGUUUCAAUGUUCUUGUAAAAGUAAAUGCAGUUGCCAGUCAGCCAGCCGAAACCUCUUCAGAUUCCCAUUCAACUUCACUCCCUGAAAAAGAAGGGAUAGUUCUUAACAUAAAUACAGACACUAAGUCCAAUAAAAAAUUGGAGUAUAAAGAGGUUGGUCAAUAUGUCACUUACAACCCAAAGGAAAACAAAGUUUUCAAUCUUGUCAAAGAUGAUAAUAUUCAAUUAUGGAAGGCCACUGACCCCAGUGAGUAUUGCGAAAAGGUUGAAGUGGAUCUUAUGAAUAACGACGCCAAAGCUGUUACUGUUUGUCUAGGUAAUGAUGAAAAUAAGGUGUUUAUGAAAACUGGUAAAAACAAGAUAUGGAACGAAUUUGAUAUUUCAAAAGUAACUCGUAGCGCAAUAAACAUCAAUUAUCUUCACGAAACUUACUUUUACACAAAUGAACUACAAGCUCACACUAGAACAUUUACAGCUAAAAAGGGAUUCGGUUUUAAAGGUGCCCAUGAAUUUAUUAAAGAAAAGAAAGUUACAAUUUGGACAACAAAUAAUAAGAGUGAGUAUGCAUAUAAGAUCGUUAAUGAAGGCGGUAACAAGGUGAUCAUCCACAUAGGAAAGGGUACCAGUGCCUCAACUAAGGUGUUUAAUAAGGUAACUGAAGGAUCAUGGACAGAAGAAAUCUCUGAGGUUGAAGCAGAAUCUACACUGCCAACACCUCAAGAUGGAGUAACCAAUACACAUCCAAAAGUUAAACUAUUAAAAGCUGAUCCUUAUAAUUCAUCUAAAAUAUUAGAGCUAGAUGAAGAAGAAUAUAUGUGGACUUCAAAUGCAAACGUGGCCAUAUACCAGAUUGAAGAAAGUGUGAAUUGUGUCAAAUUGAUGAUUGACGAUGCUAUAUUGUGGGUUUAUGACAGCAAGUUCCAUGGUGGCAUAUAUCCUAGAUCACUAGAGUAUCAUGCAGUUACAGGCACAAUUAUACUUAGAUUUGAAUAUCAUUAUAUCAUAUAUGAAAAUACCGAUGAUGGUUGGAUAUCUACUGAAUCAGGUUCAUUAGAAGUCAAAUUCUAUGUAGCUGAUCCUGACGAUCCUAAUAAUACUGUCGAACUCCCUCGUAAGAACAUUACUCGAGAAGAUAUGGGCUAUAUAACUCAAUUCCAUAUUGACAUCGAUGUUAAAUGCGUCAAAAUAACAUAUGGUCCCUUUUUGCUGUGGCAGCAUGAUUCCAAUAAGCUCAGAGGCAAAUAUCCCAGAAUAGUAUACUUUAAUGACACCACCGAAUCAUUCGUACUUGAAUUUGAGAAUUUAGAUAUCAAAUAUACAAAGAAUGAUCAAGGUGGUUGGGAUUACACAGAGACUGAUACAUCCAAAACUAAAAGAGCUAUCGUACAACGUGUCGAACUUGAUAUCCAAAAUACAGAAUCAACGAAUACCUAUCAUUGCAUCGUUGAGGAAGGGUUUGCCAAAUUCAUGCCAAAACACGGAAAUAGGUUUACAUUAGUAAAAGGCAAAACUUCGAUAUUUUCAAAAGCACACACUCUUAUCUGGGAAUCAAAAGGGCCUACAGACCUUGCCACUAUGGUUGUUAGAGACGGCGCUGGCACUUGGAAACCCAUGAAUAAUGUCACUAUUUUCUUUGGCAAAAACCACAAACACUUCACCAAGUCAGAGAACAAAUUUGAUAUAGACUCUGAUAUCCGAUUAUAUGAUAACGAGCCUUACGAAGAAUCAAACGAACUUUCUGACACACAAUACACUGAAGACCACAGCGACGAUAUAUUUAGAUAUAAGUUCAACGAUGAUACAAAGUGUACUGAAGUUAAGUCUGUCCAUAGGAGUAUAGAAGAUAUUGAAUCUACCGAGGUUGAGGAUGAGGAGGUCUUAGUAUGGCAGCAUGACAAAAGUAAACAUGGCGAUCAAUAUCCUAAAGAUCUCAAAUACUACUGGCCCGAUAAGAUGUCUAUUAACUUCGAACACGCGUUUAUAGUUCAUUCAAAAAAUGAAGAGGCCAAAUGGGAUGAAGGACAUCUAUUUGACUUUAAAUUGUAUGUUAAAGAUACUAAUAACUUGAAGGAACUAGAUGCCACAGCUUAUGAAUUAACUCAAGACAACCAAGAAUUCCUUUUUACCUUUAAAGAUGAAGUUAAGCUUGAGGAGGUCAAACAUAAGGGCAAGGAGCUGUGGAAACACGAUAGUGAUAAACAUGGAGACAAAUAUCCUAAACUUCUCAAAUACGCCACUGAUAAACUGGCACUGAGUUUCGACGAUACAUUUGUGGUUUAUACCAAAAAUGUUGAUGGGAAAUUGGCUAAUGGUAUUUUAUUUGAGUUUAAAUUAUAUGUUAAAGAUUCUCAUAAUGAAUUGAAGGAAAUGGGUGUUACAGCCUACGAUUUAAUAAAUCAAGACAAUGAGCACGUGUUUAAAUUCAAGGAUGAACAUAAAUGUGAAAUGGUAAAACAUAUGGGCUAUGAAGUGUGGAAACAAGAUCACAGUAAGAACUAUAGCAAAUAUCCUCAAUCAGUAUACUACAAUAAAACCACAGGCACAUUUGUGCUUAGGUUUGACGGUUUAGAUAAGACAUUUGCAAAGAAUGAUCAGGGUAAAUGGGAGUGCACCGAAACUGAAACAACUGAUGGUGGAGCAAAAUUCACACUGCCAACAUCCCAAGAUAACGUAACCACUACACAACCAAAAGUUAAACUAUUAAAGGUUAACCCAUCAGAUCCAGAUAGUUUUAUGGAGCUAGAUGCUAAUGAAUAUAAAUCGACUACAAGAGGAAGUGUGGUCUUAUACAAGAUAUCAUCCGGUGUUAAUUGUGUUCAGUUAAUAUUUGACGAUGUUUUAUUGUGGGUCUAUGACCCUUCACAAUAUGGAGGUAGAUAUCCCAGAUCAGUAUACCAUAAUACAGUCACUGAAUCUUUAUUACUUAGAUUCAGAGGUUUGCAUAUAACUUUUGAAAAGAAUGAACAAGGUCAGUGGUUAUUUACCGAGUCAGGACCACUAGCCGUCAAAUUCCAUGUAGUUGAUCCUGACAACCCUAAUAAUACCUUCGAACUCUCUAAUAGUCACUAUACAGUAACUGAAAGUGGUGAUAUCACUACGUUCAAUAUCGCAGACAAUGUUGAUACUAUCGCAUUAACCUAUGGAUCAGUUUUAUUAUGGCAACAUGAUUCUAAUAAACACAGUGGAAAGUAUCCCAAGUUAUUAUACUUUAUUAAAAGUACAGACACACUACUACUCAGGUUUGAAGGUUUAGAUAUCGCAUAUGCAAAGAAUAUUGAAGGUGUAUGGGAGUACACAGAGACUGAUACCUCUGAUAGUGAAGCAACUACUACACAACCUGAAUCAGAUGGCACUUCAGAACCUGGUGAAGGUGCUUCUACUACACCUCCACCUGAAUCUAGUGGAGAAAGUUUUUUAGCUACACCAUCAGCUCAAACUGGAUCAUCCACUACACAGCCAAGAGUCAGGUUAUUAAAGCAUAAUCCUUCAAAUCCUGAUAGUCUUAUCGAACUAGGUGCUAAUGAUUUUAGUUUUUCUACAAGUGGUAGUGUGGUCUUAUACAAGAUAUCAUCCGGUGUUAAUUGUGUUCAGUUAAUAUUUGACGAUGUUUUAUUGUGGGUCUAUGACCCUUCACAAUAUGGAGGUAGAUAUCCCAGAUCAGUAUACCAUAAUACAGUCACUGAAUCUUUAUUACUUAGAUUCAGAGGUUUGCAUAUAACUUUUGAAAAGAAUGAACAAGGUCAGUGGUUAUUUACCGAGUCAGGACCACUAGCCGUCAAAUUCCAUGUAGUUGAUCCUGACAACCCUAAUAAUACCUUCGAACUCUCUAAUAGUCACUAUACAGUAACUGAAAGUGGUGAUAUCACUACGUUCAAUAUCGCAGACAAUGUUGAUACUAUCGCAUUAACCUAUGGAUCAGUUUUAUUAUGGCAACAUGAUUCUAAUAAACACAGUGGAAAGUAUCCCAAGUUAUUAUACUUUAUUAAAAGUACAGACACACUACUACUCAGGUUUGAAGGUUUAGAUAUCGCAUAUGCAAAGAAUAUUGAAGGUGUAUGGGAGUACACAGAGACUGAUACCUCUGGUAUUGUAUCAGACACCGUGUCAGAAUCCGGUUACUCUUCAAUAUCUGAAGACGAACGAUCUUUUACAAUUGGUGAAUCAUAUGGUAUCCAAUCUGUUGAAGGUGUUCCUCGUAGACUAUCACAUUUACGAUCUUCAUCUGCACAAGUUAAACUAUUAAAGGUCAAUCCAUCAGAUCCAUCUGGUCGUAUGGAGCUAAGCGCUAACGAAUAUAAAUCGAUUACAAGAGGAAAUGUGACUCUAUAUCAGAUCCUCAAGAGUGUUAAAUGCGUUCAGUUAAUAGUUGACGAUGUUUUGUUAUGGGAACAUGAUUCAAACCAAAGAUUCGGCAAAUAUCCAAGAUUAUUAUAUCAUGACACGAUCACAGACGGUUUAGUACUCAGGUUUGAAGGCAUAGAUAUAGCUUUUGAAAAGACCGCUGAAGGUCAGUGGAUUUUUACUGAAUCAGGUCCAUUAGCCGUCAAAUUUCAUUUAGCUGAUAAUAAAGACCCUAAUAGUACAGUUGAACUUGAUAGUACACAAUUCACAGUAGAUGACAAUCGUGAUAUCACUACGUUCAAUAUCGCAGACCAUGUUAAUCCUAUCGCACUAACAUAUGGUCAAGUUUUACUAUGGCAACACGACUUAGAACAGCACGGUGACGUCUAUCCCAAUUCAUCAUACUACAAUAAAAAUACAGACACACUCGUAGUUAAGUUUUAG